AUGACUGAGUUAAUUGACAUUCUCGAAAAACAUAAAAAGAUUACAAAAGAAAUGUCUAUAAAGCUUCACAAAUAUCUAAGAGAAGUUAAAGCACCAGUAACUAAAGAAUGGGGAGAUUGUGUGACAUCUCAUUCUUUACCUGGAGAGGGUAUAUUGAAGGCUCUGAGCAGUGCAUGUACUGGAAUAGAAAACCGUGGUGUAUUUCUUCUGGCUGAAUUGAGCAGUGAGAAUACAGAGAAGAAACUGAACAUGGCUUCAAAGAAUCCAAAUAUAAUUACUGGUUUUGUAUGCCAAAAUAAGGAUACAUUUAAAGAUCCUGGGCUGUUACAAUUAACUCCUGGCGUACAACUCGAAAGUGCUAAGGACGAUCUGGGUCAAGUAUACAAUACACCAGAAAAAGUAAUUUUAGAAAAUGGUGCAGAUAUUGUGGUUGUUGGGCGCGGAAUAGUCAAUGCAAAGAGCCCAGAAGCACAGGCGGUCGUUUACAGAGAUGCUUUAUGGAAAUGUUAUUCAAAAAGAAUCUCAGGUAAAUUAGAGUAA